GAUAAACACCAUUUUUUUUGAAGAUACAAUAUGUAUUUUUGGAUUCUUUGACAAAAAUCAAGUGUCCAUAGUUUGUAGAUUUUUAUCAAAAUCUUCAACUUGAUUCCACUGAUUUUUAUGCCUAUACUGUCCUUCCUGUUUUUAUUGCUCUUGUUCUAUAGUACAACUUGAAAUCUGGAAUGAUGAUAGAUACCUGUAAUAGUUUUUUUUUAUUAUCCAGGAUUUUUUUUUUAGCUAUCUCUUGUGUGUGUAUAUAUAUGAAACAUAAAAUUGUCCUUUCAAGUUCUGUGAAUAUCUGUGAAAUAUUGAUGGGCAUUACAUUGAAUCUAUAGAUUGCUUUUGGUAAGGUGGCCAUUUCACUGUAUUAAUUCUACCAAUCCCUGAGCAUGGGAGAUCCUUCCAUCUUCUGAUACCUUCUUUAAUGUCUUUCUUCAAUGUCUUAAGGUUGGUGUUAUGUAAGUAUUUAAUUUGGUUGGUUAGUGUUGCCCCAAGAUAAUUUUUGUGGCUAUUGUGAAAGGUUUUGUUUCUCUGAUUUCUGUCUCGGGUCAUUUGUCAUUUGUGUAUAGAAGGGCUACUGAUUUUCAUGUUAAUUUUGCAUCUUGCUACUUUGCUAAAAGUGCUAAUAGGCUGUUCCUGGUGGAGUUUUUAGGGUCAUUUAUGUAUAAAAUCAUAUUAUUCACAAGUAAGCAUACUUUGAUUUCUUCUCUUCCUUUUAGGUUCCCCUUGACCUCUUUCAGUUGUCUAAUCACUCUAGCUAAAAAUUCAAGUUCUAUACGGAAGUUUUGGAGGGAGCAGACAACCUUGUCUUGUUCCUGAUUUUAGUAAAACUGCUUUGAGUCUAAGCCCCUUUGGGUUGAUGUUGGCUGUACACUUGCUGUAAAUCUCCUCUAUUAUGUUGAGUUAUGUCCCUUGUAUUCCCAGUCUCUCUUUCCCUUUUCAAAACUCUUAGAACUGAAAGUGUUUUGAAUUUUACAUUUGGAAAUAUUUGCAUAUAAUAUAAUGAGAUAUCUUCAGUUAGAAACAUUAAAUUCAUUUAUGUUCCAUGUAUGAGCAAUGUAUAUAUACAUACAUACACACAAAUAUAGUUUUAUACAGCAUUUUUAGUGUGUUUGUAUUUUUACCACAUUCUGUUCCAUGAAGUCAGAAAUAGAAUUUUCCAGGCAUAGUGUCAGGUUCUGGAGCGUUUCAGAUGUUAGGUCUCUACACUGAUGUUCAACCUGAGGCAGUGAGUGCAGAGUAGAAUAGUGGAUAACGUGUGAGCAGGACCUGGGGAGGAUGGGGUUUGGUGCCUGUUUAGAAUGUGACUGUGAAUCUAGGUGGGAAGAGCAUCUCAGGCCUGACUGUAUUGGCUCAGAGGCUGGCCAGCCAAGAAAUUAAUGGAGGAUAUGCCUAGUCCAAAAAGACAAAGUGGGGAAUUUGUAGACUUUUCCUGCUAAGACCUCAAUUUGUAUUUUUGAAGAACAGAAAGAAAUUCUGUGACGUGUUGAAAUAAUUUAAACCAUCUAAGACCAAGACACACAUAAUGAAGCAAUGCAUACUAUUUAUAUAAAAAAGGACAUGUCCUCUUAGACAACUUUAAAAUACCAGGAUCCGAAGUGGUUGAGAAUGUCUCUGCCAAGUCGACAAACAGCUAUUGUUAACCCCCCUCCACCAGAGUACAUAAACACUAAGAAGAGUGGGCGGUUGACGAAUCAGCUGCAGUUCCUACAGAGGGUUGUGCUGAAGGCCCUGUGGAAGCACGGCUUCUCUUGGCCUUUCCAACAGCCGGUGGACGCCGUGAAACUAAAGCUGCCUGACUAUUACACCAUCAUAAAAACCCCAAUGGAUUUAAAUACAAUUAAGAAGCGGUUGGAAAAUAAGUAUUAUGAGAAGGCUUCCGAAUGCAUAGAAGACUUCAACACAAUGUUCUCAAACUGCUACUUAUACAACAAGACUGGAGAUGACAUUGUUGUUAUGGCCCAAGCUCUAGAGAAGUUAUUUAUGCAGAAAUUAUCUCAGAUGCCACAAGAAGAGCAAGUUGUGGGUGGUAAGGAGAGAAUAAAGAAAGAUAUCCAACAAAAGAUAGCGGUUUCCUCUGCUAAGGAACAAAUCCCCUCCAAAGCGGCAGAGAAUGUCUUUAAGCGGCAAGAGAUUCCUUCUGGGCUUCCUGACAUCUCUCUCUCGCCCUUAAACAUGGCACAAGAAGCUCCCCCGAUCUGUGACUCGCAGUCUCUGGUCCAAAUUACAAAGGGUGUGAAGAGGCGAGCAGACACAACAACUCCUACCACUUCCAUAGCUAAAGCAAGUAGCGAAUCUCCUCCGACACUUAGAGAAACAAAGCCAGUGAACAUGCCAGUAAAAGAAAAUACAGUAAAGAACGUUUUGCCAGACUCUCAGCAACAACACAAAGUUUUAAAAACAGUCAAAGUAACGGAGCAAUUAAAGCACUGCAGCGAGAUUCUUAAAGAAAUGCUUGCCAAGAAACAUUUGCCGUAUGCAUGGCCCUUCUAUAAUCCUGUGGAUGCUGAUGCUUUGGGACUCCACAACUACUAUGACGUUGUCAAAAAUCCCAUGGAUCUCGGAACGAUCAAGGGGAAAAUGGACAAUCAAGAAUAUAAGGAUGCAUAUGAAUUUGCUGCAGAUGUCAGACUGAUGUUCAUGAACUGUUACAAGUAUAAUCCUCCCGAUCAUGAAGUUGUGGCGAUGGCUCGGACCCUUCAGGAUGUUUUUGAACUACAUUUUGCCAAGAUUCCCGAUGAACCUAUUGAGAGUAUGCAUGCAUGCCACCUUACAACAAACAGUGCACAAGCCCUCAGCAGAGAAAGCAGCAGCGAGGCCUCCUCGGGGGACGCCUCUUCUGAAGACUCUGAGGAUGAACGAGUGCAGCAUCUUGCCAAGCUUCAGGAGCAGCUUAAUGCUGUUCAUCAGCAGCUGCAAGUUCUGUCCCAAGUUCCAUUACGUAAGCUGAAGAAAAAGAAUGAGAAGUCCAAAAGGGCGCCAAAAAGGAAAAAGGUUAAUAACAGAGAUGAAAACCCAAGGAAAAAGCCUAAGCAAAUGAAGCAAAAGGAGAAGGCCAAAAUCAAUCAACCAAAGAAGAAGAAGCCGCUUUUGAAAUCGGAAGAGGAAGACAAUGCGAAGCCUAUGAACUACGAUGAGAAAAGGCAGCUGAGCUUGGACAUAAACAAACUGCCUGGAGACAAGCUUGGUCGAAUAGUUCACAUAAUACAGUCAAGGGAGCCUUCCCUGAGAAACUCCAACCCGGACGAGAUCGAGAUCGACUUUGAGACCCUGAAGGCAUCCACACUUAGAGAACUGGAGAAGUAUGUCCUGGCCUGUCUGAGGAAGAGGUCGCUGAAGCCCCAAGCAAAGAAGGUUGUCAGGUCUAAGGAGGAGCUCCAUUCUGAAAAAAAGCUGGAGCUGGAGAGGCGGUUGCUGGACGUCAACAAUCAGCUGAAUUGUAGGAAACGGCAAACGAAACGUCCAGCAAAAGUGGAGAAGCCGCCCCCGCCCCCGCCCCCGCCCCCGCCCCCGCCGCCUCCCCCGGAGCUGGCCAGUGGGUCUCGCCUGACCGACAGCAGCAGCAGCAGCGGCAGCGGCAGCGGCAGCAGCAGCAGCAGCAGCGGCAGCAGCAGCAGCAGCAGCUCCUCGGGGUCCGCGAGCAGCAGCAGCGACUCGAGCUCCUCCGACAGCAGCGAUUCUGAACCAGAAAUAUUUCCUAAAUUUACUGGAGUAAAACAGAAUGAUUUACCUCCAAAAGAAAAUAUAAAGCAGAUACAAUCUUCUGUGCAAGACAUAACCUCUGCUGAAGCUCCCCUUGCUCAGCAGAGCACAGCACCAUGCGGAGCCCCAGGGAAGCACUCCCAGCAGAUGCUUGGUUGCCAAGUGACACAGCAUCUGCAGGCCACAGAGAACACUGCAUCUGUGCAGACUCAGCCUCUUUCAGAGUAUGUGCUUCUAGGUGAUUGCAAGCGAGUAUUGCUUGGCCCCCCUGUGGUGCACACCUCUGCUGAGAGCCUCACAGUGCUGGAGCCAGAAUGCCAUGCUCCCGCGCAGAAGGAUAUAAAGAUUAAGAAUGCAGACUCUUGGAAAAGUUUAGGGAAGCCAGUGAAAGCAUCAAGUGUACUGAAGUCUUCAGAUGAGCUUUUCAACCAGUUUAGAAAAGCUGCAAUAGAAAAGGAGGUAAAGGCCCGGACACAGGAGCAGAUGCGGAAACACCUGGAGCAUAAUGCGAAGGACCCAAAAGUAUCUCAAGAAAAUCAGAGGGAGCCUGGAAGUGGAUUGACUCUAGAAUCUUUAUCAAGUAAAGUGCAAGAUAAGUCUCUUGAAGAAGAUCAGAGUGAACAGCAGCCACCGUCGGAAGCUCAAGACGUAAGCAAGCUCUGGCUUCUCAAAGACCGGAAUCUAGCGAGGGAGAAAGAGCAAGAGCGCAGGAGAAGAGAAGCAAUGGCGGGUACCAUUGAUAUGACUCUUCAAAGUGACAUUAUGACAAUGUUUGAAAAUAACUUUGAUUAAAACUCAGUUUGUAAAUUAACCCUCAACUUUAAAUGAAAGGUAAAAGUGUUUACAGUGGGCGUGGUUAAAGUGGUUACUUUAAACACCAGAAUGUCAAUCACUGAUUGUGUUCUGACUGCCCUAAAUAAUUUUUCAUUUACAUUUUAAUAAAUAUGUUCUUUUAAUGACAUAAUUGAUAAAAUGUUUUAUAAUUUUGACCUCUGAAAGUGGAUAGAUUUUAUUCAUCCUAAAGAGGACUGUCAGUGAUGUAAUAUAGUCCUGAUCUAAGUCUAAAAGGGAUCAUCAGAUUGAAAACAAAUGAAGAAUACAUAAAAGUAUAUAAAACACGUUUUGUUGAGAUUUUAACUUUUGUUUUUUGUCUAAACCUGUUUGUUGGUUAGUUGGUUUGUGUCCUUGUUUGAGACAGGGUCUCAUAUACUCAGGCUGGCUUUGGUGAACUCAACAUGUAGCCAAGGCUGGCCUUGAUCUCCUGAUUCUCCUGCCCUCAGCUCUCAAGUACUGGACUCCAGAAGUGUGUCUUCAUGCCUGGCUGAGUUGUUAACUUUUCAAAGAGAUAUGUGUCUGCUGUCAGAAUUGUAACAGAACUUCUAACAAGAAUACUUGGUUUCCAUGUGAGUCACAGUGUGUCAGAUUCUCUGCUAGUUCCAUGUUUAAAUUCCAUACUGCCUUUUGUUUUAAAGUAAUAUUAGCUAUGAUUUGAAAGGUGUUAAAUUUUAAGCAAAGUAAUAGUAAAUAUUGUGUAUACAAGCUUCUGUGGGAAUGUGUCAGACAUUUCUUAAAAUGUGUAGGUGAUAGCAAUGAAUAUUUGCCUAACCAGGGGAAAUUAUAGCCUAUGAAACAUUGAUGUUUUGUCAUUUUUCAAACUGCAUGCAUGUCUAACCAUAUGUAAUCUUUUUUAAAAUUUUAAACCUUUGAACAUUUGAAAUAUAACCUGAUUAAGGCAAUGCUGUGAUCUAAAGUACAAACUCAGUGUGUGUCCAGACAGGGAAGUGCACACCUGCUGUCCAGACAGGGCAGUGCACACCUGCUAUGCAGACAGGGCAGUGCACAUCUGCUGUCCAGACAGGGCAGUGCACACCUGCUAUGCAGACAGGGCAGUGCACACCUGCUGUCCAGACAGGGCAGUGCACACCUGCUAUGUAGACAGGGCAGUGCACACCUGCUGUCCAGACAGGGCAGUGCACACCUGCUGUCCAGACAGGGCAGUGCACACCUGCUGUCCAGACAGGGCAGUGAACACCUGCUGUCCAGACAGGGCAGUGCACACCUGCUGUAAUUCCAGUAUUUGGGGGGCAGAGGCAGAGAAGGAGUCACUGCUGAUAACUCAAGACCAGCCUGGUUCACAUAGCAAUCUUCAGAUUCUGGUCAUAGCCAGACCUCCUUGAUUGAGAAGAACCAAGAAAGAGAGAGAGAAAGAGAGUAAGAAGAUGGUAUUGCUUUCAGGAAACAUUGCUUUCAGGAAACAACCAGAAUUAAAGUGAUAGAUAUUUUGUUGUACCUAUUUUCUACUUUUUAAUUAAAAACUUUAUAUGAUA